CGCUCCACCCGCCCGCCCGCCCGCCCGCGAGGAGGCGGGCUCCGGAGGUCGAAGCUGUCAUCAGACUUCGACUCCUCAAAGGCUCGCGGGACGCUUCGCAGGGCCCGACCCAGCAGGCCGGUCCCGCGGAGAACCGAGCCGCCCGCCCCCGGCGCCGGGGUCUCCGAGAGUCGCGUGCGUUUCCCCGCCGCCCUCCGCCGUCGUCCCCGCCAUGGCUGCACGCUGGUUCCGCGGCUCCCUACGCCGGUGGGGCUGCCGCUGCGCCCUGCCCUCGCGGCCGGCCGCGAGAUAUUCUCAUUCUGGAGGAGAAGAACGUCUAGAAACUCCUUCUGCUAAAAAAUUAACAGAUAUAGGAACUAGAAGAAUCUUUUCUUCAGAACAUGACAUUUUCCGGAAAAGUGUAAGGAAGUUUUUUCAAGAAGAAGUGAUUCCUUACCACGCAGAAUGGGAGAAAGCUGGAGAAGUGAGUAGGGAGCUUUGGGAAAAAGCCGGAAAACAAGGACUGCUCGGUAUCAAUAUUGCAGAGCGUCAUGGUGGUGUUGGUGGGGACCUUUAUUCAGCAGCUGUUGUUUGGGAGGAACAAGCGUAUUCGAAUUGCACAGGCCCAGGUUUUACUCUUCAUUCAGAUAUUAUCAUGCCCUAUAUUGUAAACUAUGGCUCAGAAGAACAGAUUAAACGGUUCAUCCCGCAGAUGACCAGUGGGAAAUGUAUUGGUGCCUUAGCAAUGACAGAGCCUGGGGCGGGAAGUGAUUUGCAAGGAAUAAGAACAAAUGCCAAAAAGGAUGGAAGUGACUGGAUCCUCAAUGGAAGCAAGGUAUUCAUCUCCAAUGGGUGGCUGAGUGACAUUGUGAUUGUAGUGGCAGUCACCAAUCGUGAGGCUCUCUCUCCUGCCCAUGGCAUUAGCCUUUUUCUGGUGGAAAAUGGAAUGAAAGGAUUUAUCAAGGGAAAAAAGCUACAAAAAAUGGGACAAAAAGCCCAGGAUACUGCAGAAUUAUUCUUUGAAGAUGUCCGGUUGCCAGCUAGUGCCCUAAUUGGAGAAGAGAAUAAAGGCUUCUAUUACCUCAUGAAAGAGCUUCCAAUGGAAAGGCUAGUGAUUGCUGACUUAGCAGUUUCAGCCUGUGAAUUCAUGUUUGAAGAAACCAGGACUUACGUUAAAGAAAGAAAAAUUUUUGGGAAAACAGUUGCACAAAUGCAGACAGUACAACAUAAGCUAGCAGAAUUAAAAACACAAAUUUGUGUAACCAGAGCUUUUGUGGACAGCUGUCUCCAGCUGCAUGAAAAGAAACGUCUGGAUUCUGCCUCUGCCUCCAUGGCGAAAUAUUGGGCAUCUGAGUUACAAAACCAUGUGGCUUAUGACUGUGUCCAGCUCCAUGGAGGUUGGGGAUACAUGUGGGAGUACCCAAUUGCAAAAGCCUAUGUGGAUGCCCGAGUUCAGACAAUCUAUGGUGGUACCAACGAGAUAAUGAAGGAGCUGAUUGCAAGAGAUAUCAUCCAUGACAAGUAGAUGUCUGCCCACAUCCUGGAAUCCUAUUACAAAUAAUCUGGUUUUAAAUCUACUCAAGAUGAAAUGCAACCUGGCAAGGGAGGAAAUGCUAAACAUGUUUUUAUAUGCUCUCUCUAUAGGAAGAGAAAUCAAAUAUGAAAUUAAUACAGUAGUAGGAAAAACUUUGAAUUCGAAGAUUCUGAAAUUCUCCAGCAUAAGGUUUAACUUUUCAUUUUUUACAUAGCUAAAAGGCAACCAUCUUCUGACUCUAGAAACCUUGGUUUUUGGUUCUCCCUGAAAUUCUAAAAAAGCAUAAUUGCUUUCAAAUUGGGGGAUCAAGAGUUAUGUUACUAUUACUGUUUAUAGUAACAUUAAUAAUAGUUACAGCACAUUGACUUGAAAGGGAAGGAUAAAUAUACAGUGUAAAUGCUUUCUACCACCCUAUCCUAACUAACCCUGUUUUUAAGCAGUGGCAUCAUUUCUUCAAACAAAAGCUUCUGCAGGGUCCCUGAUGAAUGAAGUACUAGUAGCCUUUGUAGAAGCAGUAUCUUUCUGCCUUGCUGCCUUGGAACUGCUAGGACUCAAGCUGAGCAUUUGCCCAGCCCCACCCAACUAGAGAAUGUGGUCACUUCUCCCAUUUACCACCUGGGAUUUCAGCAGAUUUCAUCCCAGUUUCAUUUAUAGGCAAACACAAACCAACUCGUCAUCCUUUAGUUUCAAUAUAUUGCUAUACUUUAUAGGUAUCGAAACAGUGACUUU